AUGUGUGAACUAAUUAAGAGAGGACAGGUAGAAACAACUUGGUACUGUAAUUUUGUCUGCUCGAAUCAAGAAAGGAAGAAAGAAAAAAACCUAUGGGUGGGUCUUAUGCUAUACACGCAGAAUACUCACAGGCUCCUCGUUGUAUCCACAGAAUGCAGUCCCUCCAACUGCCAACUGCCAAGCUGUUAUUGCCCUGGUACGGCUAUCCCCAACAAUAUGCCAGUCUCGUCCGUACCACAGAUGGUCAUGCUGACAUUUGAUGACGAAGUUUCUGCCGCUUUCUACGGCUACUAUCAACGCCUCUUUAGACCUGGACGUUACAAUCCCAACGGAUGUCCGGUGCGGGGAUGUCUGUUCGUCUCUGGAAGUGGAACGACGUACGACUUGGUAUACCCGCUUUACGCUCUGGGAGUCGAAAUUGCAAGCCACUCCGUCUCUCACAGGUUCCCACACACCUGGUGGUCUGGUGCCUCCUACAAGGACUUUGUAGACGAAGCCAAGGGAAUGAGAGACAACUUGAUCAAUCAAGCUGGAGUGCCCAGGUCUGCCAUCAAAGGGUUCAGGGUUCCCUUCCUACAACUUGGAUCAGACAACAUGUACAGUGCACUUUACGACUCCGGAUUUGAGUAA